CUCGGUUAUCAACGGGACAAGAAGUCAAGAUGGCGAAGACGACGCGACACCGAGGAACAAAAAACAUUACGUCGGGGAUAAAUCCGUUUAUGUUUAUCAUUGGAGAAACUCCUUGCAGGCAAAGAACAAUAUUCUGUAGUUUUCUGGCUGAUGCCGAAACGAGCCCAUGUGAUUAGCAGUGAGUAGACGAUACUAGUAGAUUGCGUUUCCACAUUCGUGUUGAGUUGUAUCAUAUAUUGCAUUUUUACUGUCUCUUAGGAAACUGCACGACUCGGCGCCGAAGUCGAAGAAACUCAAAUCACACAGAGCUCGGCAAUGAAAUACCAAUGCUAAUAGAAGGGGGACAGCGACAUGGAGCAUGCAGUUUGUGAUGGGAGCGCUGCAGCUUCACACAAGGUAGGUUUGGUGUCUUCCCGUGUCGAUUCUAGCGGCGGGAAAACUGAUAGCAACGCUGACAGUGGACGCGGGCGCACACUCGCGGAGGGCAGUUACAACUUCAACCAGAGAUCUGCGGCAGACGGGAGAAAGGAAAAGACGAAAUCGAUGGAUAUACUGGCAAGCGCAAACGUGAUGAUGUCGUCAUCCAUAGCAUCUGCGGCAUCAGGAGAUGUGAUAGCUCAGCCAGAGCAGAAAUCGGCAUCAUCGGUAACUCGCGAUUCUCGUGUCUCUGCUCGUGACCCUCGUCGCCGACGCUCGAAGGAGCCGUUCUCUCUGAGUAAGCAACUGAGCAACGACAGAACAAAUGGAUCUUCCGGAACAAGACAUGACCACAUUUAUGAAGACCGAAGGGGAAGCUACGCUCUCUUCGAUGUGAUACCCGGAAGCAACAGAGGCGGAGAAAAGCGGUCUUUUACCAACGCUCCAUCUUCUUUACCGCCUUCAUG